ACCUUUGCAUCUAUAGUCCUCAGAACAUCGAAAAGAUACUCAUGCAUGUGUCCACCAGAAUCUUUGAAGAAAAUUUGUCGCAAUCAUACGAGUUUUCACGCCAUCCUCCAGAAUGGGCCUAAUGGUACCUUGGCUGCCCACCCGAGGUCGCGACUUGAUUCCAGGAUUCCUCACUUGAUAUCUCCUCCAUCCCCCGCUCCAUCACCACAAGCCGAUGGUGAUAUAAAACCUCUACCACUUAAUCUAUACCUCCUUCUCAGAAAUCUGCUCUUGACUUCAGCAUGAUGUACCUCAAGGCUACGCUGCUAAGCGUCAUCUCCUUGACCUCGGCAUCAAGCGUCAUCUCCCCCAAGACACAUCACGAUGUUACCUACUCGAUCCCGACGGUUCACGAGUCUGCCGUCCAAGCGCGUCGCAUCCUCCGCCUCGAAAGCAUCGGCACGCUCGCGACCGUCUUCCCCUCUACCCAUGCGACCGAGGACCGCCCAGACGUUGGGGGCGUACCCAUCGGCCUGAUGGACUACUACGGCGACUGUGAGCCGGAAACUGGCAACCCCACCAUCCUCGCCAUCAACAUCGCGACGUCUUUCAAGAAUGUGGACGCUGGCUCGAACAUCACCAUGUCCCUGCGCUGGCACCCUCAGGACGACAAGUGGCGUAGCCCAGCAUCGCUGCCUCGCUUCUCCCUUGUCGGUCGCCUUGAGGAGAUCGAUGCUGAUGCUGUAGAGAAAGCGGGACUCACGGCUUGCUACGUCGGGUAUCACAAGGACGCUGCAUGGUGGCUACCUGGCAACCCUGUCCACUCGAGCAAGUGGGUGAGGUUGGUAGUCGAGGAAAUCUAUUGGAUCGGUGGAUUUGGAAACGUGGCUUACAUUGGCUGGAUCCCACUUAAGGAGUGGCAGAGUGUUACGCCCGAGGAGAUUGAGAGUGUUAGACUGCCUGGUGAGAAGAAAGGGCGCUGGGGUAGCUUGAAGUCGUGGGUCGGGCUAGAAAAAGAGCAGGACGUUCUCGAGCUAUGAGACCUUCACUGUGGUAAUGGGCCUUGAGGAGCUUUCAUCGCCCUCGUAGUCGGAUCUCGCUAUUGUACAUACGUAGCUUUGACAUACUCCCCUCCUCGUACUCAACACCAGAAGUCGGGUCAGCCCUGAUAAUAUCUACUGGCGAUCAGUUUGUGGAUGCAUGAAUACAUGAUGAUAAGA